ACACCCACUGAUCGUCGCACCUCCAUGCAUACUCCCGCAUGAUAGUGACGUGCUCUACGUUCACACUGUACACCUCGUCCUUCACCAAGUCCGCUAAUCAAGCGUUCGCAGCAGCAGAGAGCGGCGACAGCGACCAGGCGAUGAACAAACAUUUGGAAUUCUUGAAGAAGUUUGAGUCUAACUUUAAUCACUGGUUUAAGGUAAUGUUGUUUCAUUCACGCGGUUACCACAUUCCCGGCUGUCAAUUAUUUUGUCAAGUUUCAUUUUGACUGCGUACAGUACUACGCAUCAAGUGAAUGUGUCGCUGCUUCCCC